AUGCGGGAUGCGAAGGUUUCAGGGCUCAUGGCCAAUGCUUUGCCUGUACCAAGAGUAGCAAAUUCUGUGGUGCGCGCGUGCAGCGUGGUGACAAGGGACGGGCUGGCGUACGCCUGCAAGGUGGUGUACACCCGGCGGACGUCUCGCAACUUCCGCGUCAAGUUCCUCCCCCGCCAGCUGGGCAUCCUGAGCCGCCUCCGGCACUCGCAUAUCGUCCGGGUCCUGGAGAUCCUGCACCGACCCAGCCGGGUCUUCAUCGUCAUGGAGCUGGUCCUGGGCGGGAACCUGUUCACCCUCGUCUCGGUGAGUCGGCUCCCCGAAAGCCGCGCCCACGAGCUGUUCGUGCAACUGGCCUGCGCCGUGGCCUACCUGCACCGGCACGACAUCGCCCACCGAGACAUCAAGUGCGAGAACGUGCUCCUCUCGCGCGACGGCAUCGUCAAGCUGGCGGACUUCGGCUUCAGCCGCUACUGCGGUGAGCCCCGGGAAGCGGCCCAGACGUAUUGCGGCAGCGAGGCGUACGCGGCGCCGGAGGUGCUCAAGGGAGUCCGGUACCUGCCCAAGAGCGCGGACAUGUGGAGCCUUGGCGCCGUGCUCUUCGUGCUGGUUACCGGGGCCCUGCCCUUCGACGUGGAGAACCUGGCUCGGCAGGUCCGGCAGCAGAUGACCCGCACCGUCCGCUUCCCGAGGCAGCUCGUGGCCACGCCAGAGCUUAGGAACGUCAUCCGGACUCUGCUCGAGCCCGUGGUGCACCUUAGGGGGACCAUGGGACAGCUGGUCAGGCAUCGCUGGAUGAGGAUGUAUCCGGAUCCGCUCAAGAGACUGGCCAAGCGUUCGCUGAAGCAGUCUCGCGAAGGAUCCCCCGUGGUCUCGGCCAUGCUUCACCGGCCGUUCAGCAACAUCGCAGAGGAUGGCACGGUCCUGGCAUCGCUGACGCGUCAGGCGGCGCUGGAGGACUUGUUCGCAUCCGAUAAGAGCAACCUGACCUCCCAGGUGGAGUCCUUCGACUGGGCGCACGCCGACCACCAGGAGGUGCAACACGGCUCGCUCUACUCUAGCAGGGUGAACUACACUUCCCAAGACGUGGCCUCCGACUUCUGGGACAGGGCCAAAGAGGGCUGCAGCUUCGCCGAUACGGGGGCCCACGGAAAGCGGUCCGAGCCCCAGAGUCCGAAAGACUUCUUCGCGUCGCUGAAACCGGACGAAGGUGCCUGCAAGUACACGGAUGACGCCAAGGCGGGCCAAGCGUUUCGGGAGGUCGGGGAUCCCAGCCAACGGCUGACAGACUUCGCGAGCAAGCUGUACCAUACUGACGACCAUCAAAGCUACGACCACGCGGACUUCGUGGUUUGUCCCACAUUCGACGACGACAACCUCGAGGCGCAAUUUGAGGCGUUGAUGGCGACCUUCAAGAACAAGUCUACCAGGUCGGGGACUUCGAGCGAGCCGUCCGAGAAGUCGUUUGAAGCGGGCUCGGACUUGCUAGGACAUCGUUCGAUGGCCAGGACGUCGCCGAACAAAUAG